ACAUGUAGUCCUUUAGGCGACCGUGACUGGGGCGCCUGCGCAAGCCUCCUGACUGACGCCCACAGCAGCUGGUCGCUGUUGCCUGGCAACUACUAGGGACUCUGCAGGGAGGGAGGAGUUCCUGGUUUGGAGCCUCAGCCAAUCAGCGCGAAAUCCGGUCCGCGCCGCCGUCCUAUCCCGUCGUUUUUGCGCACGCGCCUUGCUUGGUUCCCUUGCUGUAUUUCGCGGCGUCUCGGACUUGCUUUGCGGCACUGCGCUCUGAUUGGCCGCUGCUCAGGGGGCUUCUGUGUGUCUGCUUCCCGUUAACGCGGAGGGUUAUGGGGCAGGCCCUGGGAAGUACGGACCGGUGUAAGGCGCUGGGCAGUGGUGUGUCCCGGGGGUCUUCAAUUACUGCUUUGGUGGAAGUGAAAGGAAAAGAUCAGAGGUGAGGAUUUUUUUUCCCCUGAUGAGAUGAAGUGUGCCAGUGCCACAAGCCCGAAGGGAACCAACCACUGCACCACAAAGAAAUAGUGACAGAGCCGUGAGAGGUGACUUGGCACGGGCCCCAUGAACCUAUGGUGAGAAAGAGCAGAGCGGGAGGAUGUUACAUCAUCACUGCCGCAGGAAUCCUGAGCUACAGGAGGAGCUGCGGAUCCAGGCAGCAGUGGCUGCGGGGGACGUCCACACCGUACGCACUAUGCUGGAACAGGGCUACUCGCCCAAUGGUCGGGAUGCCAAUGGAUGGACUCUGCUACACUUCUCUGCAGCUCGAGGGAAAGAGAGAUGUGUGAGGGUAUUCCUAGAGCAUGGAGCGGACCCUACAGUAAAGGACCUGAUCGGGGGCUUUACGGCGUUGCAUUAUGCUGCCAUGCACGGACGAGCACGGAUCGCACGCCUCAUGCUGGAGUCUGAGUACCGCAGUGACAUUAUUAAUGCCAAGAGCAAUGAUGGCUGGACGCCGCUGCACGUGGCUGCCCACUACGGCAGAGAUUCUUUUGUCAGGCUGCUACUGGAGUUUAAAGCAGAGGUUGACCCAUUAAGUGACAAGGGAACAACUCCACUGCAACUUGCCAUCAUCCGGGAACGAUCCAGCUGUGUAAAGAUCCUCCUGGACCACAAUGCCAACAUUGAUAUUCAAAACGGGUUCCUGCUACGCUAUGCUGUGAUCAAAAGUAACCAUUCGUAUUGUCGCAUGUUUCUGCAAAGGGGGGCCGAUACGAACUUAGGGCGGCUAGAGGACGGACAGACACCACUUCACCUCUCAGCUCUGCGGGAUGAUGUCCUGUGUGCCCGCAUGCUGUACAAUUAUGGGGCGGACACGAACACUAGGAACUAUGAGGGUCAGACCCCUCUAGCUGUAUCUCUAAGCAUCUCUGGAACUAGCCGGCCUUGCCUGGAUUUCCUACAGGAAGUAAGAAGACAACCCCGAUUUCUGCAGGAUUUAUGCCGGAUUAAAAUUCGCCACUGUAUAGGACUACAGAACCUCAAGCUACUGGAUGAACUCCCCAUUGCCAGGGUCAUGAAGGACUACUUAAAACACAAAUAUGAUGAUAUCUGAGUGCAGUUUUCACAGCAGCAGGGACUUGAGUCAUUCUAAGUGUGAAUAUUCCAAAAGCUGGGUAGGCUGUUGUCUUGCACAAGUAUAUCCUAUGCAAUUUCUGAUCUGGGGUGGUGUCAGAAGGCAGGUAUACAUUAUUUUUUAUAUUGUUUUCCUCCCUUUUGUUUUUACAUUGUGUGAUAAAAAAAAGUCUUAAUAAUUUGGGGUCCAGGUUUCGAGGUCCACUCUUUCAAUUUCACCUGAAAAAAAACAAAUCAAAAAACAAAUCUUUUCUACACAUGCCCCCAUCCCCUCCGAUACAUACUUGGCACAGAGCAAAUGUGGUCACAAUCUUCGUACACUGGGUUCCUCCAAUUUAAAGUAAAUCUGUCACUUACACACAGUAGAGGUGCCAUUGUUUGAGCUGAUCCAGUAUUCGGUAACCUCAGCGCUGCUGACAUCACAGAGGCGUGAUGUGCGCAAUGUCGCUAGUUCCUGCUGAACUGUUAGGCUACCGUCUCAUGAAUAUAGUUUCAGACCAUAGAAUGACUUCUACAGAAUGUUCUGCAGGGGACAGGAACUUUUUAAGAGCUAAAGCUGUAUGAACUCUUACUAUACAAUUUAUUUCAUGGUGCUGUCUCUUAUCAUAGGUGGCAGCCAAAGGGUUAAAUCCUGCAAAAUAAUCCCCCUCUUAUUUCCAGGACUGCCUUUUGUCUCUCCAGAACUAAAAAAGAAAAAGAAAAGAAAAACAUUUUGUAAUAUGUUUUCUACAUGUAUUAUAUAGCAGAACAAAUCAGUCCAUGGGACCAUGCAACUUGGAUACAUUGUAAUUGUUUAUUUUUCCCCAUGCUGUGAUAUAAUAUUAUAUAUUAUAUAUUUAAAAUUAUAUUAUAUAAUAUAUAAUAACAUUUAUCCCUUCCAUUUUAGGCAGCAUUAUGUUUGCAGUUUAAACAUAGUUUUAUUUUAUUUUUCCCCUCCGCUCUGUGACUUUUUGUUUUCUUUCAUGUGUAUGGUGCUACGGUGUCUAAUUUAUAUACAUAAAUAAUAAAAGUCACAUUUUGAGAA